AUGUCGACUCGUUUGGCUGAAGAUUGGGAAUCCCUCCCGGAGCUUCGACGCCUAGCUCAGAAGCUGGUGCUUGUUCAAGUUUCUGGGACCGGGACUACAAGGGAGAGCAUCGUGCAGAAUGAGGCGGUUCUCAAACCUGCUUUGCAACACCUGGGUAUGCGACCGAGUGUGCAGACGUGUAUGCUGCAUAUCAAAGCGUUUUUCGAUUUGAUGCAGCUGUCGAUUCCUGCUGCACAUGUGUAUACACAGGGAUGGGCCUUCCGUCGCAUGAUCUCUAUGCUUAACCUCAUUGUCCGGCGAGGGCACACGCCACGGGAGGCUGCCAUUGUCAGGCUAAUGGAAAGUGUUGGCUUGACUAUCACUCCGAAUGCUGAAGCUGAUGAUGGCACCAGUACACGUGCGAGUUCAGAGGAUGAGGGAUGUUCGGAACAUGAAGAGUCUGAAGAACUCAGCGAUGAUGAAGAUGUUGUAUCCCAGAUCUCGACCUUCCUGGUGAUCGCGAAGUUCGAGCGCCUGCAGAGGAGAGUUCAAGCAGAGCUCCUGCUUCGGUGGUUCCUCCAGGGGCCAUCUCGACGAGUGCUGUUACCAACAAUGCUGCUUGCUGUCGACACACACCCCAAGUUGAACCCUGCUGUGGAGACCCCUGCUGCUGCCGACACACACCCCAAGAUGAGCCCUGCUGUGGAGACCAACAGUGCUGCUGUCGACACACACCCCAAGAUGAGCCCUGCUGUGGAGACCACAAGUGCUGCUGUCAACAGACACCCCAAGAUGAGCCCUGCUGUGGAGACCGCUGCUGCUGACACACACCCCAAGAUGAGCCCUGCUGUGGAGACCAACGGUAGUGCUGCUGUUGACACACCUCCCAAGAUGAGCCCUGCUGUGGAGACCAGUGCUGCUGCCGGCACACACCCCAAGAUGAGCCCUGCUGUGGAGCCGAGCCCUGCUGAGUCAAGCCCCACUUACGAGAUGAGCCCUGUCAGCAUGGUGGCAUCUUCCGCAGGCAGCAAUCCGGUGGUGAAGACGACUCCCAACAAGACGGUGAUAUCUCGGGACCCGGUAGCUCAACAGCAACAGCUCAUCGAUCAGCUGCAGAAGUUGACAGAGCUACUCGAGUUGAAGAAAAAGCUCAAGGAACUUCAAGAAGCUCAAAGUGCUUGCCCUCAUCCUGGAUGCCUUGACAACGUCGACACCCAGCCCGUGGACCUCGACGCCGUUGUGGCUGGCUUUCCUUCAGCUGUGCUGGCAGCCACAGGAGUUUCUGAUCGAUCGAGCACAGAUGCCACAGAGCGGGUCGAGGCAACUGUGCCACCCAAACCCAGAGGUAUUCAUAGAGGUACAGUCAUUGAGGAAAUUGAGGUGCUAGCGGAGAGGCCAUGUGGGCCCUUUAGGUCCCCGCCAGUGGCAGUUCCGAUGCCGGAGCCAGUGCCCGCAAUUCCGAUGCCAGAGCCAGUGCCUGCAAAUCCAAUGCCAGAGCCAGUGCCAGCUGCAAAGCCGGUGAGUGCAGCACUGUCAUUGAAGCGUCUGUUUGCAAAAAACAUGGAAGAGAAGCGGGCAGCUAAACGUGCUAGAGAUCAGGGUGAGGGCAAGGUCCCAGAUCAGGCGGAGCUGAAGGCCGAGGAGCCGAUCAUGCAGCCUCCGGUCCCAACGCCUGUGCGCAGUAAGACUGCUGCUGCACCAAGAGUCUUUGGCAGUGAUGAGGAGAUUGCACGGGCUUUGGCUGAGUUCGAUGACGAUUCGGAGGAUGACCGUGCAACAGAAAACUAUUCCUUACAAUUUGAGGAAGGUGAGGCGACAAGUGAUGAGGAGGAGGCCUCGUUGGUUGAGCAGGCAGAGGUUGCCUCAGUGUCGCUUUCCAUUCGGGGUACGAGUGACGGUGAAGAGCGAGCUCCUAUCUGUGAUGCUGGUGAUGAAGAUGGAGUUGCUGCCGAAAAGGCUGAGCCUGCCGAGGCCUCUGGCAGUCCCGAGGAGGAGAUUGCGAAAACGUUUGGCCGGCCCCCGGCAUGGAAGCCUGGGUUCACUGAGUUCUUAUCCCCUGAAGAUCAAAAGUCUCUGUCCAGGGGCAGGAAGCCUUGCAAGGGCAAAGGCAAGCGAAAGUCGAGGGCCAAGCGGUCAGCCGAUGCAGAUGCCGAACCCCCCAAACCUUGCAAGCGGGCCCGGAAGCCCUCCAAGAAGCCUGCUUCCGAUCCUGCAGGCACUGACUCCCUCCCAAGCGCAUCUUCGAAGAAGCCUACCAAGAGGACCCGCUCCAGCCCUUCGGCCCCCAAGAGUGCUCGCAGGUCAAUCUUGAAGAAGGCUGGUCGAUACGUGUCCGAGGAUUCCAGCCCAUCGGCUGCCACGCGUGGUGGCAAGUCUUCCAAGAAGCCUGUUGCCACAGUCUGCCCGGACGCAGCCGAAGCCCCCCGCCCAAAAGCCAAGCCAACGAAGAAAACAGCAGCCAAGGCGAAAGCCAAAUCCGAAGCGAAAGCAAAGUCUCGCGAUCCAAGCUACAGAGCACCGUGCACACUUGAAGCCGAGUACAAAGCACGCGUGAGCCGCAAGUCCUGUGCUUACCAUAGGGCACUCAAGCAGGCUCGUGCUGAAGGCAAGAGUGAGGCUGAGAUGAAGGCUCUCGCCCGUGCAGCUGCUUAG